AAAAAAUAUAAACAAUGAAUUUAUCCGAAGAUGACAUUUAAUUUUGUCAAAAAGCAUUUUCUGAUUAUGAUGAAGAUGGUUUAGGAUCUAUAAAUGUUUCCGACUUAAAAUUAGCUUUGGAUAAUAUAGGAUGCUAAUUAAAGGAAGAAGAAUUAUUUAAAAUGAUAAGUGAAGUUGAUGAAUAAAAUACUGGUUAAAUAAAAUUUUCAGAUUUUCUAGCUAUAUAUUAUAAAUUAAAAUAUAAAAAUUUAAGUUAAGACGACUAAGAUACAUUAGAUGCAUUUGUAGCUAUGGGAGGAAACGCAGAUAAAUCCGGAAAAGUAGAUGCAGUUGAACUAAUAAGAAUCGUUAAAGAAGAAUUUUAAAUGACUAUUGACAUUGAAGGACUUAUUAAAGAAGUUGAUGAAGAUGGAUCAGGCGAAAUUGAGUAUUCAGAGUUUUAUUAAUUAUUAUGUUCUGGUUAUGCUAAUGAAGGAAAUUGA